UCCGGCUCUGCUGCCACACGGUUCUCGCCCUACUCCUAGUACAGGGAGGAAGGGCGCGCGCGGGUAGGCGGGAAACAGCCCAGCCCCGAACAAAAGGCUGGGGAAGCGGCCCCUCAACUGCAGGCCUGUGCUAGCCGCACCGCUCGGAGCUUGGGGCUAGCGGGGAAGGGCGAGGACACUGUUUCCCCUCGGAUCCGCCCCUUGUCGCGCACCUGGUGUCACCAGCGCUCCUGGGCCACUACCCAAAGGCUGCGGCACCCUCGAAUUAUUUAACAUGGAAGAAGAUGAGUUCAUUGGAGAAAAAACAUUUCAACGUUGUUGUGCAGAAUUCAUUAAACAUUCACAACAGAUAGGUGAUAGUUGGGAAUGGAAACUAUCAAAGGACUGUUCUGAUGGCUACAUGUGCAAAAUACACUUUCAAAUUAAGAAUGAGCCUGUGAUGUCACAUCCAGAGACAUUUACUCAUGGACAGACUUGUCUUCCCAUGGAGGAGGCUUUUGAGCUACCCUCAGAUGAUUGUGAAGUGAUUGAAGCUCCAGCAGCAUCCCAAGUGAUUAAAUAUGAGUAUCAUGUCUUAUAUUCCUGUAGCUACCAAGUGCCUGUACUUUACUUUAGGGCAAGCUUUUUAGAUGGGAGACCUUUAACUCUGAAGGACAUAUGGGAAGGAGUUCAUGAGUGCUAUAAGACGCGACUGCUACAGGGACCAUGGGAUACUAUUACACAACAGGAACAUCCAAUACUUGGGCAACCCUUUUUUGUACUUCAUCCCUGCAAGACAAAUGAAUUCAUGACUCCUGUAUUAAAGAAUUCUCGGAAAAUCAAUAAGAAUGUCAACUAUAUCACAUCAUGGUUGAGCAUUGUAGGGCCAGUUGUUGGGCUGAAUCUACCUCUGAGUUAUGCCAAAGCAACCUCUCAGGAUGAACGAAAUGUCGAUUAACAAGUCUCCUACCAAGUUACUUAGGACACGGAUCCCCAAUCCCCCAGCCAGCCAGGGUCCACAGUCAGGCCUCACAGCAGGAGGUGACCAGUGUCUGGUGAGCAGGCAAGCGAGCAUUACCACCUGAGUUCUGCCUCCUCUCACAUCAGCUGCAGCAUUGGGUCCCUCAUAGGAGUGUGAACUCUAUUGUGAACUGUGCAUGCGAGGGAUCUAAGUUGCACGCUUCUUAGGAGACUCUAACCAAUGCUUGAUGAUCUGAGGGGAACAGUUUCAUCCCGAAACCAUCUCCCACUCGGUCUGUGGGAAAAUGGUUUGCCCUGAAACCGGUCCCUGGUGCCAAAAAGGUUGGGGCCCACCAAUCCAGAAAUAUUUUACUUUGCUAUAAGUAGCAUGCAUUCAAUGACAAGAGUGGAUGAUUUCCUUUUAGUACUGAUAUUCUUAAAUAAGUCUGUACUGCUCAGUCAAUCUUCUUUUAUUCUGUUGGCUUUUGUUUUAUAUUCUUCAGAUACUUCUAUUGAGCUUAGAAAUUGUGGCACAAAGAACACCAAGAGUUUACCUGGCCAGUCCUGGCUUUAAUAGGACCAAUAUCAUGGAAUAUUUCAUCUCACCAAGAUGCGAUAUGGCUUAUUUUUCCUUUGGAUGCAAAUGUCUGCAGCAACUGAUAUUUGAUAGACUGAGUGUUUAGAAGAAACACUUCAAAGAUGUAAAUCAUGGACAGGCGUGGUAGCUCACACCUGUAAUCCAAGCACUUUGAGAGGCCAAAGUGGGAGCAUCACUUGAGCCCAGGAGUUCGAGACCAACCUGGGCAAAAGAUUUUGUUCAAACCCUGUCUGUACAAAAAUACAAAAAUUUCC